AUGGCGACGACGCUUGUCAAUGACGCUGUUCCUGCGUACACAAUCGAUCUUUCUCAACCUGCCGAGUCUCGGUAUCGUCAGGUGUCACAGGACUUUGGUCCGCGCAUGCGGGCCCUGACCGGUCUAUUCGAAGAGAUCCUAAUCGCUUUCCUACCAAAUGCGCUUCUGCGACAGCUUGUGAUCAGAGCGGCAAAGGUGUCGCUGCGCAGAGUAUACGACGAAGAAGAGCAGAAAGAACUCAAAGGCAUCUCAGAAUCUACCGGCGUAGAACUUUAUCUGCUUGUGGCCUUGAACAACUUCCUCGACUGUUUCCUAGGAUGCACCUCAGGUGCAGCACUGACGAGGCCAUCAGCACCACGCCACAGAACAACCGACGGUAGUGUCUCUGAGGCACGCUUAAUGCACUUUCGCACUUUAGACUGGGGGAUGGAUGAGUUGAGGGACCUAUUGGUCACCUUGGAGUUCAUUGACUCCAAGAAGAGCGGCAAGCGAGUUUUGGCACGAUCUGUGACCUACGUCGGCUUUGUGGGUACAUUAACCGCUGUCCGCGAGGGGCUGUCGCUGUCACUGAACUUCAGACCAAACCAUGUCUGCACAACAAGGUCUCUCCGGUGGCAUCAGUUCCUGGUCCUAUUGGGACGUCGUAGGUCAAUUGGCUCUACCCUACGCGCACAUGUUCUUCAUCGUGCUCCGCGAAGUGAUUCAACCAAUGCGAUUAAACCUAGCCUAACAGAUCAAGCACAUCGCCUGUCUUUAGUCAAGACUUCUCCCUGCUAUCUCAUCCUGUGCGAUGGCGUUGAAGUUACAAUUAUUGAGAAGGACCUCAAAUAUGGCAAAGUGAGAACAUCAGAUAACUACAUGGUUCACACCAAUCAUGACGUAGAUCAUCCUAUCACACCGAACCCAAGCGAAUACACUGGAUCUUCAAUGCUGGGACAUGAAGAGUGGCUUGAGGAAUCAACUCAUCGAAAAGCCGAAUUUGAAGACAAGUGGAAGAGAUAUCAGCAGAGCGGCCAGGUCCAAGCUGAGGCGAAUGGCGCCGGUAACUCGAAUACUGCGAUAUCUGCAUCGUUGGAUGCAACAGCAAAAGUACCGGCAACACCAGUGCUUGAAUCUACGCUGAGGAGAUGGGUUCAGUCCAAGACGACCAUGGCCGAAUGCACACAUUUCGCGUGCUUAAUGGAUCCUGUGAUGGGCCAGAUAAGAUGGAUACAGCGAGGACCAGCUCCUACUCUGGAAUAA